AGGGUAAUCUGGAACCAGGAGGGAUACCUACUAGGAUCGAUACAAUAACUAGAAAUUCAGUAUAUGUCUUUACAAUACAGUCAUGGUGAGGCUAACCCCUACUUCGAUAUUUUUCCUAUGGAUUUCGUUGGUGGCCACUAAGUCUAAGGCAUUAAUUCUUCCUGCAUACAACCUUAGGUCCGCCUCUAACCAUAAAGUUAUGUCCCUUUCAGGAGCCACAGACGGAAAGGCGGUGUUGGUGGCACAAGAACAGCCACUUUCUCUCAAUGUCUGUAUCAGAAAGCGGUCCAUGGUGAGGCUUGACAAUGUAAGGUUCUCUAAUCAUAAUUACUCCACCUUCUUCAAUGUGACCUUCAAUAGUGGAGAAUGGAUGGGGACGUUCUACGUAAGGCCUGAUGAGGAUUGGAACAGGUUCAAAAACACGGGAAUAUUUCCUCACAGAUACAUCCUGGAGCCCGGAUGGCACGUCGUCAAGAUUUACGUAAUGGAUUAUUUCGGCUACACAGAAGGUAUUGCUGUGGAUACUUUACAGUUUAGUGUAGACGAUCCAUGGAUGGACAAUGAUAUUUUAUCAUGCAAAACAAUAUGCACUGAGAAAAAUAAAUUCCCCGUGAGAUUUCCUUCCUCUUCUGUUGAUGCAUUGCCUUCUGGGAUAGAACAGAGAUCGUUUCCGACUCAGUGUGCAGAAGUUGACAAUGUUGACAUACCCCUAUACAAUGCUCAUGUUGACAGCUUUACGAUAACGGCUUCACUUCCUCAGUAUAAAUCCUUCUCAAACAGAAGAGAAGAAAACACCACAAACUGUCCUCACUUAAGCCCAGAACUAUGGCGAUUCGAUAAUUUUAACGUAAGUUCCUCCUCUACCGAAAUUAUUAAUAAUAAAAGCGCCAGAAUGUCAUUUUAUUCAACUUCUUCAAACGAAGUUUAUAUCAUCGUUCGUUUCUUUUUGGAAGGACAAAAGAAAGGUAGUGUGGAUGCAAAAAUUGGAUCGUUGUUGACUCUUCAGUUAAAGGACCUCAUAGCUUCAACGAUGAUUAAAUUGCGAUAUAAAGAAAAAUGGGGGAAUCUGUCGUUACCAAUUACACAUAAUUUCACACAUCAGAAUCUACAAUAUACAUGGACAAUCCCAGACUUUACCUGGACAGAAGACAGUCUUAAUUACAUCAUUUUAACAGCAGUAUCAGAAAAUCUUGCCCUUCUGGUGAGUAAUCUGCGUCUAGAAAAAAGAGCAUUUAAGCCUGAGAAGCAUGUAACUAUCUACAAGAGUGACGAUGUACAUAUUGUAGCGGUUUAUGUAGAAAUGUGGUGGCUAGCCCCCGACAGAAUGACUGUAUACCUCACUAAUGGGCAGACAUACAAAGGUGUUGCUUAUCUACAAAUCUACAGACCGAUUCCAUGGAACAAUGGGUAUUCGCAGGUUCUUGUGUUGUACCAAGACGGAAAUGCCCGAUUUAUUCCGGUGACUCCUGAAGGACUUGACUGGAUCCCCUUUGGUACAUCCGUUAUUCUUGGGCAAACGUACAGUGAUUCAAUAAGACCUUACACCUCUAUAAAACAACUUAAUAUAGACCCAGAGAGAUGGACAAUGCGCAUCUUUUAUAAAGAUGGUGGUUCUUUGGUAAUGAAAAUAAAUAGUACCUAUAGUGAAACCCAAGCUCAUGUGUCCGAAAUUUUCUUCACAAGGGACAGGUAUACACUUCCGUUUGCAACUGUACGGUCAAUGUAUGUUGCUGAAGGAAACACUGAUGUAGACAGUGUGAAAGUUGACGAUAAAGAGACCUAUCAUAUAAUGGAUCAAUGGGGAUAUGUACAGGGAAGAAGCUUUGCAUUUUAUCGCAGCUGUAUAUCUAGACACUUAACCCUUAGUCCUGAUAUCCAAAUUGAUGUAUUUAAAACCAAAAAGUCGUGAAAGAAAUCAAAACAAAUCCCUAGAUGCCAAUAAUAACUAGGACAUAAUGUUUGAUGAUUUUCUGAGAUUAAUACUCAGUAUUGGAAGCCAGUACUAUUUUCAAUUGACAGCAUGAUACGUGUACAUGAUAAUUAUUUUAUCUGCACUCAACUUUGACAAAAAGAAAACAACAAUGAUUGUUGUACAGAUCUUAACGAACCUCUCAAGGCACAAAUUUUCAUGUGAUUCUGUCAUUGUCCAUAUCUUCCUCACAGAGUAUCUUAAUAUUGUGAUCGAUACUUUCACUGAACGGAUCUUAACAUUAUGGUUCUAUUAAUGAAAAAAACUUUCGAAUCAUGAUCACAUCAGUGCAUGUGGAAAUCUUAUAACAGAGACCUUAUCAUCGCACUUCCUGUCACAUCAUGAUCCUAUCGAGGUCCAGAGGUCCAGAUGUUUAAAGACUUCCUGUCACAUGAUCCUAUCGAGGUACAGAUGUUUAAAGUGAGACUUCCUGUCACAUGAUCCUAUCAAGGUACAGAUGAUUAAAGUGAGACAUUAUCAUUGUACUUCCUGUCACACCAAUGUGAUCCGAUUGUUCAAAUGAUCUAUCAACACUGUGGUCUAUAGAAGAUAUGAUCCCAAUAUUACGAUCAUUGUGCAGACAUUGAGCUAAACAUUGUACGCUUCUUAAUUAACACAGUGAUUCUUUCAUUGAAAAUAUUUUAACAAUUGUACAGUUCUUAACAGUGUGAUCAUAUCAUUUGAUUGUAUACUCCAUGAUCUUUUCAAAGUACAGUCUUUCAGAUCACAAUCCUAUCAAUGUACGUACUUCACCCUAUGAUCCCAUUUUCAUACAGAUCUUAACUGGGACCCUCUCAUUGUACAGAUCUACUGUAUAUACUCGCCUUUAAGUCGGUUUUUUGGGAGUGAAACUUUGGUCCAAAAAUCUUUGUCCGACUUAUAGGCGAGUUAUAAAAAGAUUGGUAUUUUAGAGGGUCAAGUCCUCUAAUAUAAGCUUAAAAAAUACAACCGACUUAAAGGCGGACCGACUUAUAUGCAAGUAUAUACAGUAAACACUGGAAUCCUCUCAUUGUACAGAUCUAAACACUGGGAUUCUCUCAUUGUACAGAUCUUAAUACUGGGAUCCUCUCAUUGUACAGAUCUUAACACUGGGAUCCUCUCAUUGUACAGAUCUUAACACUGGAAUGAUCUCAAUACUUAUUGUACGGAUCUUCACAUUGUGAUCCUCUCAUUGUACAAAUGUUCCUAUAAUUGUACAGAUCUCAACAAUGGUAUCAUUGUAUAUUGACCUUUAGACUGGGGUCCUAUAAAAAAUAAAAGACAUUUACACUGUGA